AUGACCCACCAAACACACGCAUUUCACAUAGUUAAUCCAAGUCCAUGACCUCUCACAGGAGCUUUCUCUGCCCUCCUAUUAACCUCUGGCUUAGUAAUAUGAUUCCACUAUAAUUCAGCCACCCUUCUAUCAUUAGGCCUAUUAGCCAACACCCUAACUAUAUACCAAUGAUGACGUGAUGUAAUCCGAGAAGGGACCUAUCAAGGCCACCACACCCCCAUUGUACAAAAAGGCCUACGCUACGGAAUAAUCCUAUUUAUUGUCUCCGAAGUAUUUUUCUUUGCCGGAUUCUUCUGAGCCUUCUACCACUCAAGCCUAGUUCCAACUCAUGACUUAGGAGGCUGCUGACCUCCAACAGGAAUUACACCCCUUAAUCCACUAGAAGUCCCUCUCCUCAAUACAUCAGUUCUACUAGCAUCAGGAGUUUCCAUUACCUGAGCUCACCACAGCCUAAUAGAAGGUAAACGCAACAACAUGAACCAGGCCCUACUCAUCACAAUCCUAUUAGGAGUCUAUUUUACUAUCCUACAAGCCUCUGAAUAUUUUGAAACCUCCUUUUCCAUUUCAGACGGCAUUUAUGGAUCCACCUUCUUUAUAGCAACAGGCUUCCAUGGUCUACACGUAAUCAUCGGAUCCACCUUCCUAAUUAUCUGCCUCCUCCGACAACUAAAUUUCCACUUCACAUCAAAACACCACUUUGGCUUUGAAGCAGCGGCAUGAUACUGACACUUCGUAGACGUAGUCUGAUUAUUCCUGUACGUUUCCAUUUAUUGAUGAGGAUCAU